GGGACUGGGGGGCACCACUAUAAGCUUGGCUGUGCUGGGUGGAGGCGUCUGGGGAGGCAGGGUUCUGGAUCCAUCUCUGCUCUUUUUUCUAAGCCCAGAGACCAGCGACUACAGGGGCAGUGCUGGGAGGGGCGCCUUCUCAGUAACCCCGGAGUUCUCUGAGGCUCCGUUGUCCCCUCCCCUGGACCCCCACGCUUCAGAACCCCCUCGCACAUGGGCCUCCCGCCACCACUAGCAGGUGAAGAGGUAGACAAGAGGAAAGCCCUAAAUGCCGGCUGUAGCAGGUGCGGAGGGAAGGGAUCUCUGACCCUCCACCUGCCUGGGAAGGGAGACACGGGCCCCAUCCUCUGCAAACCCCAAUCUGAGCACCCCUGGUCACAGGCAGGGAGUGCCUGUGAAGGCCACGGCCAACACGGACGCCUGCUUGACGAUGACUCCGCCUGGGGGCCAACAGGGGUCCCUAUAGGGCUUCCUGUUCCCCAAAAGCAGCCCAGCCAGCCUGGAGGCCCACACGUAGGUGUGCCCGACGUGCGCGCGCACGUACACGUUCCAAAGUGGUUCUUGAUGAUGCCUUCCCCCGUGGGCAGGGGCUGAGGCGCUUCCUGUAGAACCCACCUCCCAGAGGUGGCCCAGGUCCCAGGGCUGGGUUGACCUGGUCUGUCCCAGGGAUGCACACCCUCCCUGCCCGGGUCUGGGGCGUUUGUGGGUGCUCCCGCCCCCGACCUCUGCCUGCCAGGGGCUGUGGCAGGUGGACGGAGGACGUAGAGGACUGAAGAGGGUGUUGUCCCCACCUCACACAGCCAAUAGGAUGUACAUUCAGCCUGUCCGCCCUGAGUGGCCCUCACAUGCAGGCACCCCAUGGGGUGGUCCCAGGGCACCGGGCUGGCCCUCUGGCACGGGCCCAGUGGCAGCAUGGACCUUCAACGUAACCUGAAGGCUAGAGCCAGGCCGCUCAGGGCAGACCUUUUGGAGGAAGUACCAUAUUCUGAAGGGUGUUCAGGUGGGUCAGCAUCGUGUGCAGGUGUGCACGCUGCCUUCUACACAUGUCUGGGUCUACACGGUCAGAGGGUGUCUACAUCGGUGCCUGCCCCUGGGAGGAGGCUGGUGAUCUGUAUUUGCUCGUGUGUGUGUGUGUGUGUGUGUGUGUGUGUGUGUGUGUGUGUGUAUCCCACCUUGGUGAUCCCAAACUUGUGUGGGUGGGCUGUGGGACUUGUGUGCAUGUGUGUGAGCUCUGGGAACCACAAGCCACAGAAUUGCAAACUCUGAUUCAACCACUGUCCCCUGGGUUCACUGUGGGGGCUGAGCGGGUAGGAAGAAGAGAAGACAGAGAGGCUCUGGGCUUUUUAAUGGGUAGCCUGGGCGGACGGGAGCUCUCCCAGAGCCCAGCUGGGAACCCCAGCGUGCACGUGUGUGUGUGUGUGUGUGUGUGUGUGUGUGUGUGUGUGCACGUGCAUGCAUUCACGCACACACUCUCCAGCCAGGAGCGGGAGCCACCAGGCUCUUUUCUGGGAGUCAGAGAAACUGGUCUUAGAGCAGCACCCUCCCUUACCCCCAGGCUGCCCAGGAAAGCCCAGAACCUCUAAUGGUGGGUCUCCUCUGGAGGCUGGGGCCCCUCACCCAGCAUGCAGUGGGGCAGGCCUAGGCUGGAAUGUGCCAGGAGCACUCACUUGGGACCUGGUUGUGCCCCGCUUGGCUCGCUAAGCUCUUGGGGCUGCCGCCCCUUGCAAGGUUAGAGUAUUUGCACCCAUUUCACUGAGGGCCAAGCCAGGCAGAAGUUAUGACCCACCAUGGUAUGAGAAGGGCUCAAAGUGACACCGAAUCGGGACCCAGACUUGGGACAGCCUUCUCACCUUGCCCACAGUCUGAGGCCAGAGCAGCCCCGGAGCCAGUGAGAAAGGGAAGGCGGGAAGGCGAGGCUCAGUGGGAAGGAGGGAUGCGGCCAGGCCAGAAAGGGGAAGUGGCUUUCCAGGAUCACCAAGAUCACAGGGGGAGAGGGGGUCUCAGCAGAGGCCAGAAAAGGAGGACCCCACCCCUCCGUGGGUGGGGCUGAGGAGCGCUGAGAGGUUGGAGCGGCCGGAGGGCAGGGAGAUCCCUCUCCGGGACAGCGGAGGCUCAUGGAAGCAGGAGUGGGGCGGUGGGGCAGGCGCCCUGGGGUCCGGAACCGGCUGCUGUGACCGCUGCCCUCCCCGCCCCCUCCCCCCAGCAGCUCGGCGGUGACGUCCGGCGGGGCGGGGACGGGAAAGGGAGCCUGGCCCUUUAAGCGGCGGGCGGCCCUCGCCCCGGUGCGCGUUGCUGCGGAAUGCGGGCUGGUGAUGUCGCGGCGCCGGGUCGGUGCGCCCCCGCGGCCCGACUCCGCACGCGCCGCCCUCGGACCCUGGCCGGAGACCGCGGCGGGAGCGGCCCCUGCGCAGAGGGGGGCUUUGCCACCUUCUCCUCCUGCUUCCCCGGCCUCUGUGAGGGCAAGCCUGCUGCCCUGCUGCCCAUGAGCCUCUCCCAGCCCUGCCUGCCGGUGCCCAGUGUGGGCCUGACCCGCAUCCUGCCUCACCUCUACCUGGGCUCUCAGAAAGAUGUCCUGAACAAGGAUCUGAUGACCCAGAACGGAAUAAGCUAUGUCCUCAACGCCAGCAACUCCUGCCCCAAGCCGGACUUCAUCUGUGAGAGCCGCUUCAUGCGCAUUCCCAUCAAUGACAACUACUGCGAAAAGCUGCUGCCCUGGCUGGACAAGUGCAUCGAGUUCAUCGAUAGAGCUAAGCUGUCCAGCUGCCAAGUAAUCGUCCACUGUCUGGCCGGCAUCUCCCGCUCUGCCACCAUCGCCAUCGCUUACAUCAUGAAGACCAUGGGCAUGUCCUCCGAUGACGCCUACAGGUUCGUGAAGGACCGGCGCCCGUCCAUUUCGCCCAACUUCAACUUCCUGGGCCAGCUGCUGGAGUAUGAGCGCAGCCUGAAGCUGCUGGCCGCCCUGCAGGGUGACGGGGCGUCCCACCCAGGGACCCCCGAGCCCCUCCCGGGCCCUGCGGCCCCACUGCCGCCGCUGCCACCACCUACCUCAGAGAGCGCUGCCACCGGGAGCGCGGCGGCCAGCACAGUCAGGGAGGGCGCGCCCGGCGCGGGCGGGGAGCUCCCCGCGCCUUCCUCCAACCCCGCCACCAGCGCGCUGCAACAGGGCCUUCGUGGCCUGCACCUGUCCUCCGACCGCCUCCAGGACACCAACCGCCUGAAGCGCUCCUUCUCGCUGGACAUCAAGUCGGCGUAUGCCCCGAGCCGGCGGCCCGACGACCCCGGGCCCCCCGACCCUGGGGAGGCCCCCAAGCUCUGCAAGCUGGACAGCCCGUCGGGGGGCGCGCUGGGCCUGCCCUCGCCGGGCCCCGACAGCCCGGACGCGGCGCCGGAGUCGCGCCCGCGCCUCCGCCGGCGACCGCGGCCUCCAGCCGGCUCCCCAGCGCGCUCCCCCGCGCACGGCCUCGGCCUGAACUUCGGCGAUGCCUCCCGCCAGACUCCGCGGCUCGGCCUCUCGGCCCUGUCGGCACCCGGGCUGCCCGGCCCCGGCCAGCCGGUGGGCCCCGGGAGCUGGGCGCCGCCGCUCGACUCUCCGGGCACGCCGUCGCCCGACGGGCCCUGGUGCUUCAGCCCGGAGGGGGCGCAGGGCGCCGGCGGCGCGCGGUUCGCACCGUUUGGCCGGGCGGGCGCGCAGGGCGCGGGGGGCGGCGACCUGCGGCGGCGAGAGGCGGCGCGGGCCGAGGUCCGGGACGCGCGGACCGGCUGGCCAGAGGAGCCGGCCCCGGAGACGCAAUUCAAGCGCCGAAGCUGCCAGAUGGAGUUCGAGGAGGGCAUGGUGGAGGGGCGCGCGCGCGGCGAGGAGCUGGCCGCCCUGGGCAAGCAGGCCAGCUUCUCGGGCAGCGUGGAGGUCAUCGAGGUGUCCUGACGGCGGCCGGGGACCCGGCGCCCGGCGCUCCGCUGCCCUCCGCCCCCUGGUCUGGGCCGCCAGCAGCCGGGCCCACUAUAAAUAUAUAUUAUAUAUAAUGCAAAGAAAGGUAAAUGGUUUUACUGCGAUUUUUAUCGAGAAGUAAAUAUUUCGAUUUUUUUAUUUAUUUAAGCUGUUCAUUCUGGCAAUGAUUUGGCAACAGUGCGGGCGGUCCUCGGAGCUCUAUUUUUACUGUCUGGUAUUUAAACUGAAACACCCGUUUCUAAGCAAUAUGAGGCCACCUUCAGUCCCGAGCUGGGGUGCCAGGCCUGGGGUCCCCUCCCUGCCCCCUCCCUCCCCCAGGAAACACUGCUGACCGUUGCAAAGAGGCUGCCGAGCUUUUGUGCACUUUUUACAUAAGAAAAAGGGGGAAAAAGGAGAAAAAAAACUUUGCCACAAACUGAGCCUCAGAACCUCCCUGUCCCUCCCCGCCCCCUCCUCUCCACUCCUUCUCUUCUGCUCCUGUCUCAGGCUCUGCACCAAAGCCUAGGUGGGGGAAGCGUGCCAGGAGCUGGGGUGUGGCGGAGGAGGCUCUGCCGGCUGGAGGCUCCCCCUCACCUGCCCUCCUAUUGCCCCCUCUCCCCCGCCCCGUUGCCUGGUUGGUGUUACAGGCGUUGGGCCUGCAGAGGCUAGGGUGUUCAGAGAGGCUGGGGAUAGAACAGGGUAGGGGCGCAGUGAAGGGGGCUCUUGAGUGUCAGAUGCUGUGGGUCCCCAGGGCAGGGAUGGAGGUAGAGUGCCCCCCCUUGCCUGAGCCCAGGUCCAGUUUCAUGGGUUCAGCAAGGCUGUGGGGUCGACGCUGCUCCCCUCUCCUCCACUUUGCAGGUGCCCCCAGCGCCACCUGCCAGGUGGGGGAAACAGCUGGAGUACAGGAGCUUGGCCCCUGGGGCAAUCAGGCGGGAGGAGCUGGGCUAGCCAGUGCUGGCUCCAUUGGUCAGAGGGCAGAUGGAUUUAGAGUCUUGUUCUGGGCUCUUCCUGCACCCAGCCCCAGGCCCCAGGUCAGACUUGGAAUUCAGGUAUGUUCCUGCAGGUGGGGCGGUGGGGGGGGGGGGGUUCUCCACGAGGAGCUGGCUGCCUCGCAGCGGGAGGAGGCAGUUAAGCACCAGUCAGACCCUUGUGCUUCUGGGGGCGGGGGUCCUCAGCUUUGAUAAGGACCCCUGACUCAGGCAGGUGCAAGAGGUCGCCCCCAGUCCUGCCCCUGCCCCUUGGGGUCCUUGGAGAAGAGCAGCUCCUAUACUCCCCUUUCCUGGGGAGCACUCACCUCUGUAGCCUCCCUGGGGUCUUCCAGGUGGUGUGCCGGGGGCUUUUUGGCCCGAGUGGGCCAGCCUGGUGGGAAAGGCAGGGAAAAAUCUCCAGCCACCCCCUGCCCCACACCCUCUCAGGUCACAGGGACCCACGGCUUUUGGAGGCAGGAGUAGAUGACCCCCAAUCUUCAGAUGUCCUAGAGUCUAGGGGUGGGGGCUGGUCACCUUGGGAAGAGGCCAGGGGCUUGGUAGGAGGGGUGGCUGGGGGGGACGGAGUCCUCAGGCAGCGGCCUCUGUGGCUGUUCCUUCUGUUUGUUCUUCUGUUGACCUGCAGCUCUGUGCACCUGCCAUCCCCCCUUUAAGCAAAAGUCCUUUCCGGUUCCCUCCGUCCCCACCCCAUUCCCCAAGAAAAUAAGCUAUCAUUGUUGUGUUUGCAAUCUAUGGAUUAGAGGUUUAAGUAUUUAUUAUUAUUGGUUUAUUAUUAUUAUUAUUGAUUAUGUAAAUUUGCCUUCUGUCUGUCUAUCGCGUUGGGUUUCUGAGGUGACCCUGGGUGUGGAGGAUGCACUGGUCCCCGCCUCCGCGCCCCCACCCCCGUGCUGUCCAGGAGACAGUGGUCUGGGGCCACUGGUUGGGCCCCAGAACUCUGGAGGCAGGUCCCGCAGUCCCGGUCCUCUCCUCCCUCUGCCCUUUCUCAGGGCGGCCAGCAUCUCUUGUGACUUCUGUCCUGAGGUGUGGGGGGCUCUUGCCCUUGAGGCACGGGUCACCCCAAAGCAAGCAGCUGCACUGGGGGGAGGCCUUGUCUCGGCCACCCCCUCUCCUGUCCUGGGGGGACCGGGCCCUGGCACAAGCCCCUCCCUGGCCACUUCCACGCACUGCCCAAGGCGGGGCGGGGGCCGGGCCCCAGCCCUCUCCCAAGUCUCUCGGCCCUCCUCCCCUCCCCCAUACCUCCCCACCCCCACUCCCCCGGCCCUGGCAUUGGGGGUUGCCCCACAUUGGAUCCGCCCCCUCCUAAUAUUUGCUGGAAAGUCCAGCGGAGGAGAGGUGGCAGGUCCCCCGCAUGGCUCCUGGUCUCUCUGGACUAGGCGGCCCGCCCCUGCCUCAGAGCCCGUCCCCCAGCGCGGCCACACUCUGCUCCCCGACCUGUCCCCUUCUUUUGUAUUUGGAAACGACGUGUUGUAAUAAAUCCUGAGAUGGAUGUUUUCUCCA